CUUUGAAAAGGCUUUAAAGUGAAAGGUAUUUCUUCACCAACAAUUUGUUUCAUUCCUUCCAAAAGAUCUGCAUCCUGCAAUAAAAAUGAUCAAGAAUUCAAGUUAGCAGAGGAGAAACCUGCCAUUGAUGAUGACCUUGUCUAGCCAAAGGUAUUGAGUUUCAGAUCUUUUGCAGCAAUGGCGAGCUCUUCUUCGGAGCUGAGACAGCGUAGAGGCGAAGCAACAAACAAAACUAUUCCUGACAGGGAAGAUGAUCAUCCUAAAUCUGCAACUAAAGAGACUUCCACGGUAUUAGGAUGGGGAAUUCCCUUCAUAGUUCUCAUCGCCGUCAGAACCAUUAGUGCCAGAUCGAAUCUCAUCCACGACUGCGACGAAGUUUUCAACUAUUGGGAACCCCUUCAUUAUCUUCUCUACAAGUCAGGAUUCCAGACAUGGGAAUACAGCUCUGAAUUUGCUCUUCGGUCAUAUUUAUACAUUGUUUUGCACGCACUGAUAGCUGCUCCAGCCUCAUGGUGGUUUGGUAUGGGACAAGGAAAGGUAGCGGUAUUCUACCUGGUGAGGCUGUUCCUUGGUUUUGCAUCUGCAGUUUCAGAUACAGCUCUUGUAGUAGCUGUAUCUUCAAAAUAUGGCCGAAGGCUGGCGAUCACCACUCUUUUCUUACUUGCUUUUUCAAGUGGAUGCUUUAUAGCUAGUACAAGUUUCUUGCCAAGUACAUUUUCAAUGUAUGCAAUUACCCUCUCAUCCGCUGCACUUCUCCUUGAUAGGCCUGCCACAUCUGUUUCAGUGGCAGCUGUUGGUGUUCUUCUUGGUUGGCCAUUCUCUAUUCUUACAGCAGGUCCUCUGGUUGUCUAUGCUUUAGCCAUUGGAAGUUUUAAAAGAGUUUUUCUGGCUGGAGUAACAACCUCCAUUUGUAUGAUGAUGCUGUCUAUUUUGACCGAUUAUUACUAUUAUGGAAGGUGGACAUCAUCAGUGCUCAAUCUGCUAGUGUAUAAUGUUGUGGGAGGAGGUGAAAGUCAUUUGUAUGGGGUAGAAGGACCAUUGUUUUAUUUGAGAAAUGGCUUCAACAAUUUCAACUUUGCACUUCUUUUGGCAUUGCUCUUCCUGCCAGUUUUAAUGAUGACCAUGCCAGUUUUAAUGAUGACAACGAAACGAGACUACAAACCAUUAGUUGUUGUGGUAUCUCCAACGUACUUAUGGUUGAUAUUUAUGUCUCUGCAGCCUCAUAAAGAAGAAAGGUUUUUAUAUCCUAUAUAUCCUCUUAUAUGCCUAUCUGCAGCAGCUGUGAUAGAGAGAUUUCCUGAUUUGGUCCAUAGGUUUCAAAGAGUGCAUGAAGAAUCGUUAGCGUUUGUGGUCGCAAAAAUUUUAAGGCCCCUUGUGCUGGGCUUUAUCUUAGCUGUUUUCCACAGUAGGACAAAUGCACUUUUAUACGGGUAUUCUGCUCCUGUGGAAGUGUACAAGCACCUGGCAAGUUUAAGCAACAUGGGUAAUGAAUCUGUCCUUUGUGUUGGGAGUGAAUGGCACCGAUAUCCUUCAUCCUUCUUCUUGCCCUCACAUGUGUCUGAAGUACGAUGGAUUGAUGAUGGUUUUAGAGGACUCCUCCCAAUUCCUUUCAAUGAAACACUUGGUGGAACUGCAUCUGCUCCCCCAUAUUUCAACAGUCAGAAUAAGGCAUCUGAUAUACAAUAUAUCAGGGAUCUUCGAACUUGUAGUUUCCUUGUGGAGCUUGAUCUGAAAAGGGGGUAUGCAUCUCGUGGCUCUGAUCAAUCAACAUGGGAGACAAUCUUCGAGAUUCCUUUUCUGGACAAGGACAAGUCCCCUGCCCUCUAUCGAGCAUUUGCUAUACCAUGGGUAUGGGAUACAAAGAAUGUGUUUGGUACCUAUAAAUUGCUUAGAAGGAAGCACAUGAUAUCUGGAGAAAGCUCAAAUGAUAUGCACAUGAUGUCCGGAGAGAGCUCAAAUGAUAUCUGGGUAUUCCCUGGAAGUACUUAGGAUUAAAGGUUGGACAACUGGUCCUUGUUCUAUUUGACUGGGGUCUUGGUAGAUGGAUGAAUAGUAUUCUCAACUAUUUUUCUGUACAAGACUUUUAUAACCAAGUCAAAAUGUACCGUGCUUUUUAGCAAAUGGUUCAUUUUCACUUGAUACUGUCCCUUGCCAAAAACUUGCGAGGUAGAAUUUUCCAUCAUGAUCUUAUGCUACUAGUGCAAGGUAGGGCAAAUUCAUUGAGAAUGGCUUUUGUUGUAACGUAGUUGAAUGGGUACACUAUGAAGCUAAUUUAAAAGGCAAAGUUUUCUAACUCUCUUGCAAGUUUUGCACCCGGCUGGAGAAUCCUAUUAUCUCCAGAGCAAAAUUGUUCCUUUUUGGUAGGUAAAACAUUGUAUUAAAGCUCAUGCAAAAUUGAAAAUUUACA